AUGACAGAUACCAACACAAACGCUCCUCCAACUCGACCUCGUGUCCGGGAUCUUCUGCCAAAACUUCACCUUGGUCGUCACCGCCCUGGGUUACUAAACUCUCUCACUGAUGUCCCUGGUGUAUUAGUCCAUACUGAAUCCAUACACCGACUGUCUACAAAUACCAGCCAUGCGAUUAAUACAGGCUUAACCACGAUUCUGCCCCGUCGGGAUUGGUUCAAUUAUGGUUGUUAUGCAGGCUACUUUCGCUUUAACGGCUCUGGUGAGAUGACUGGCUCUCACUGGUUGGAUGAGACUGGUCUACUUAACUCGCCUAUCAUACUGACCAACUCUUUCUCUGUGGGUGCAUGUUACACGGGUAUUUAUGAAUAUGCUGUUCGCGAAUACAGAGAUAAGGAAAGUGGCCUGGUGGAUUGGUUCCUGCUCCUGGUGGUGGCCGAGACAUGUGACUUAUAUCUGAAUGAUAUUGGUGCCAUGGUUGUCACACCAGAUAUGGUGGAAGGUAAUACAGGAGGAGGAACGGGUAUGGUCUGCCAAGGAUUCAAAGGAGGCACUGGCAGUGCCAGCCGUAUUAUUGAUGGCCUGGUGUUCGGCGCAGAGGUAAUGUAUACAGUUGCUGCUUUGGUCCAGGCAAAUUAUGGUGCUAAAAGGGACCUUCACUUUGGUGGAGUUCCAGUUGGGCGCCUAAUCGCCGAACAAGACGCGAUCGUCACUGCUGAAGAAGAAUCGCAAAGGGAGGAUGCAAGAAAAGCCAAGGAUGGAAGUAUUAUUGUGGUAAUCGCAACGGACGCGCCGCUCCAUCCUACCCAGCUUCAGCGUUUGGCUAAAAGAGCUACUCUCGGGGAUAUCUUUAUUGCCUUCAGUACUGCCGAGAAGAUUCCCCGAGCUCCAGAUUUCAGCUGGAAACCAAGAGUCGAACAGAAUAUUGCUGUGGUGCAGGAUGUGACAAUUAAUGCCUUGUUCGAAGGUGCGGCAGAUGCUACUGAGGAGGCCAUCUAUAAUGCAUUAAUAGGGGCAGAGGAUAUGGAAGGUCCGCGAGGUAAAUAUUCCAAAGCUUUGAAUUAUGUAAAACUGCAAACCAUCAUGGAAAAGUACCUCUAG